AUGAAAGCUACAACGAUCGUAAUUCGUAAAGGCCAACGCGAAAAAGGAAUCUCGCGAUCGGAUUUUGCUCAUUUCACAAUCUCCGGAGAAACAACGGCGAAAAUGGACGAACAAAACGACGCCGGUGCCGGCGGUGAUAGCAGUUUGUUCGAUGGAUCCGCUCACUGGUGGUGGGCAAUGGGAAGUGGAGCCCAGAUCAUGUGGGGAGUGAGAUGUAUACGGAGAGGCUACGCCGGCGACAUGCGUCUUAUGCCGCUCAAAGCCUUCGGUGUGGCAUCACUCUUCGUCGGCGCGAUAGCCACCACCUCCGUCGCGUUUCUCAGUGCCUCUGGGAUUCACACGGUCCAAGACGCCAUAGACUUGGGAGAAUGCAUCAGAACGAAUAUGGGGAUUCAUCCUCAAAUUCCGAAAAAGCAAAUCACCGAGACGGAUGAUCUAUCAUGA